UCCCGGAAGUCACCAGCAGGAGGCGCCACAGGGGUGAGUCCACACAUCUACAAUAACACAUCCUAAUUGUAAUCUUCUACCCCUCAACCAUGAGAAUCUGGGUUGCUUUGAUUGCUAUGGCCAGUAGGGCCUUGAUCCAAAGACUGUUGAAGUCAAUUGGAGGUCUUCUCAUUUGGAUUGGGUCCUAGAUGUUGUCUUUUUGUUUUAUCUUACCCCCCCCCCCCAACUCCUGUUGCACAACUCAAGCUAUGGCAAAGAUGAAAAUUUCAUCAUUCGGCUGCAGCUCCAGACCCAGCUCCAUUCAGAUGAGUUUGAUCGUUUUCCCCAUUAUUUGUCACAUCCAGAAGCUGGAAUCAGCCCAGUUCGCAGUGGUGGUCCCCGAUCAUUCGGUCACUGCUAUCGUGGGUGAGGAAUUUGUUUUACCCUGUCACCUGUCCCCCAGGAUGAACGCUGAGAACAUGGAGGUGAAAUGGUUACGACCUCAUCUCUCGUCAGUUGUGCAUCUAUACCGUGAGGGCAAGGAUCAGAAUGAGUCUCAGACCCUAGAAUAUCAGGGAAGGACAGAGUUUUUGAAAGAUGGCCUCUCCACUGGGAGUGUCGACUUGAAAAUACACAAUAUCAGACCCUCUGAUGAAGGAUUGUACAGAUGCUUCAUUCGAUCAAGUACCUUUUAUGGAGGAGCCCUGCUGGAACUGAAGGUAGCAGGUUUGGGCUCUGAUCCCCACCUCUCUGUUGAGAGUUACCAGGAUGGAGGGAUCCGAGUGGUGUGCCAAUCGGCUGGGUGGUACCCAGAGCCCGAAGUGCUGUGGCGAGAUCUGGGCGGGCAACAUUUGCCUUCAGUCUCUGAAACAACAUUCCGAAGGGAUAACGGCCUGUUUGAAAUGCAAUCGGCUUUCCUGAUCACAGAACGUUCAAACCAGAACUUGUCAUGUUGUAUCAGGAACACAUUUCUCAACCAAGAGAGAGAAUCAACAAUUUCCAUAGCAGAUUCUUUUUUCCCCAAAGUCUCCCUGUGGAUGGUCUUUCUGUGCGUGAGCUUGGUGGUUUUGUUUGUUUCCAUUGGCCUGGGCCUCUGUCUCUAUAAAGUAAAAGAGAAACUUGUAGCGGAACUUAGAUGGAGAAAAGUCCUCACACACCCAGUGAAUGUGACUCUGGAUCCGGACACGGCUCAUCCCCGACUCAUCGUUUCUGAGGAUUGGAAAAGUGUGAGGCAGGGAGACAUCCAGCAGGAUGUGUCUGACAACCCUGAGAGAUUUGAUGAGUGUUGUGUGCUGGGCUGUGAGGGAUUCAUCUCGGGUAGCCAUUACUGGGAGGUGGAGGCAGGGGAUGGGAAAUACUGGGCUGUGGGGGUGGCCAAAGCGUCUGUGAGCAGGAAGGGAGAGUUCAUGUCUGACCUAAGCCCUGAGGUGGGGAUCUGGGCUGUGAGGCUGUACGGGGGUCAGUAUCAGGUUCUCACCUCCCCAAAGAUUCCCCUGACCCUGAGGCACAGCCCCAGCAGGAUCCGAGUUUGUCUGGACUAUGAACGGGGGCAGCUGGCAUUUUUUGAUGCUGAUAACCAGGCCCCAAUCUUCACUUUCCCGCCGGCCUCUUUCACUGGAGAGAGAAUCCACCCCUGGCUCUGGGUCAGGGGGGGAUCCCAGCUCAGCUUGCGACACUGAGGCAUGGGGGGAAAUAUCCGAUGGAACUCAGAAUCCCUAGUGUCUAUGAUCUGGGAGGCUCCAUGGGGGUCUCUGGUCUGUAAACGCCAUAGAGAGCAGGAUGUCAUCAAGAUGACAAUGCCAAGCUCAUUGUCCCAGUGAUUGUUCAGUGUAUUCGACUCUGUUCUGUAUGAUCCAGGAGGACUGUAGCCAGGCCUAGCGACCGACAGAUGGGAACCCAGGGAAGGAGGAAAUGGAAGUGAAAAGGAAAGAGAAAAAGGAGGGUGACAGUAAAACUGGUAAAUCCUAUUGAAAGUGACUGUGACCCCAUUCAUCAGCUUGCUGCUUUAGUUCAUGAAAAGGGGCGCCUUAAAAAUGCUUCGCACAAAUUUUGGUCACAUUUUCUUUUCUCAUUAUUAAAUAAUCCCUUCCACGUUACAUGACAGCCUCAUAUUUACAGUAAACAACAAUUUUUGAUAGAGUA